UGGCUCUGGCACUCCGGGCAAACAUAUAAAUCUGGAAGGUUACUUUUGAACUGUAUUACCAGCCGCAUUCUUCAUUCUCGUCCACCUGUAAGCCUAGUAGCCUAACAAGUCGCAUAAAAAUCCCCCGAUCUUGAACAAAUUUAAACCACCAAAAAGCCUCUUGCCCUCCCACCACUCAGUCCUCGCCAAAACCCCCCGGCUCGAAAAACCAUGGCCACAGCUCUCAACCUCCCACAAACCCCACUUCUCAGAACGCUCCCGUUCCGCAGAGCACCCAAGAGCACUGUCUCCAUUAGAGCAACAUCAAGCUCAUCUGAAGCCCCACUCACUUCCACUCCUGUGACCACCGAGCAGGAACAAAAACAAGGCCUUUCGUCAUCCUCUGUAACAUUUGCUCCUCCACCUAAUUUCAAGCCGCCGGAGCCAAAGCGGUUCGGCGUGAGACCCGAUAAGACAUGGGACAUACUCGGGGCUUCUCUUGCCUUGCCGUUCCGGCUCGGGACAGGUGUUUUUGUUUCCGGAUAUUCUGUUUCCUUCGUUUCCAAGAAUGAGAUUCCGUCUGGCCAGUAUGCUCUUGAUUUUGCCGAUUUCAAGGUAAAAGAGACUUCAAAAUUGGGUCCUCGACCAGAGAAGCCUAUUGAGAUAUAUGAAUUUGAAAGCUGUCCAUUUUGUCGGAAGGUUAGGGAAAUCGUUGCAGUGUUGGAUCUUGAUGUCCUAUUUUAUCCUUGCCCGAAAAAUGGUCCAAACUUUCGCCCCAAAGUUUCUCAGAUGGGUGGAAAACAGCAGUUCCCUUACAUGGUGGAUCCAAACACAGGUGUGGCGAUGUAUGAAUCAGAUGACAUAAUCAAGUAUCUGGUUGGAAAAUAUGGUGAUGGAAGUGUUCCUUUCAUGUUGUCACUUGGUCUACUAACGACUUUGACUGCAGGCCUUGCUAUGAUUGGUCGCAUGGGGAAGGGGUCUUCUCAUGCUCCAUCAAAACUGCCGCCUAAACCGCUUGAAAUAUGGGCAUAUGAGGGGUCCCCCUUCUGCAAACUUGUGCGUGAAGUACUUGUAGAGUUAGAGCUGCCACAUUUACUUCGCAGUUGUGCUCGUGGCAGCCCAAAACGACAGAUGCUGUAUGAGAAAACCGGACAUUUUCAGGUACCUUAUCUAGAAGAUCCUAAUACUGGGGUGCAAAUGUUUGAAAGUGCAGAAAUUGUGGAGUAUAUAAGAGCAACUUAUGCUCUUCAAUAAGCCAGAGAUUUCCAAAGGAUUUAUUAAUGUGUGCAUGGGAGAGUAAUUUAUUAUCCUAGUAUUAUAUAUGGACCACGUUUUGCCUUUCUUAUAACCUAUCGAUAUCUUCUUCUUCUUCUUCUU